GCUGCCAACUUUGCACCUGGUCCUAGAACUUGGACCAAAGCCCCCACCCCCUGGCCUGGCUCAGAACGCUGCUCUUACUGUCUGGGUGCUGGGUCUCCAGCACUAGCCUCUCGCUCUCUUCCUGCCUCACCGGUGGAGGGAGAGACACGCAGCAUUAGUUCUAACACCUGGCCGCUUUCUCUACCCACCAAGAACCCUUUCCCACAAUCCCCUGGACCAAGGGGCUCUGCUCUAUUUUCCAGGAUCCAGAGACUGGCCCACAGAGGGCUUUUGCCCUACUAGCCUGAACCAGCUGGAAUUUUCCAGUUGCUCAGCACCAGGAGGCACUGCUCUUGUGGUCAGCCCAGGGCUCGUCAAUGGGACUUGAGGAGGAUCCGCCUCCCGCCCGGCCGGGCCCAGGCCUGCGCCUUCGGGUGGCCACUCUGCUGACCGGGCUGCUGGAAUGCCUUGGCUUCGCAGGCGUCCUUUUCGGCUGGGCAUCCCUGGUAUUCGUCUUCAAAACAGAGGGUUACUUUAAGGAGUUGUGUGAACCCAAUGCCCAGCAAGUGGCCAAUGCCACCGAGGACAGUGACUGCAAAGCCCAGGAUGAGAAAUUCUCACUCAUCUUCACCCUGGCGUCCUUCAUGAACAAUUUCAUGACGUUCCCCACCGGCUACAUCUUUGACCGUUUCAAGACCACCGUGGCCCGCCUCAUAGCUAUUUUUCUCUACACUACGGCCACGCUCACCAUUGCCUUCACCUCAGCAGACUCAGCUGUGCUGCUUUUCCUGGCCAUGCCCAUGCUCACAGUCGGGGGAAUCCUGUUUCUCAUCACCAACCUGCAGGUUGGGAACCUGUUUGGCAAACACCGCUCUACCAUCAUCACCCUCUACAAUGGUGCAUUCGACUCCUCCUCGGCUGUCUUCCUUAUCAUCAAGCUCCUGUAUGAACGGGGGAUCAGCAUCAGGGCCUCCUUCAUCUUCCUGUCUGUCUGCAGCUUCUGGCAUGUGGGGCGUACUCUGCUCCUGAUGCCCCGGGGCCACAUCCCCUUCCCCCUGCCCCCCGGUUACAGCUAUGGCCUGUGUGCCAGAACCAGGGAGCAGCAGCAGGAAACUCCCGCACCCCAGAAACUGGAGCUGCCCUCCCAGGAAGGCCUCACACAGAAGGCAGAGACCCCAGCACCGGAGGAGCAGCAGCCUCGCUCUUUCUGGGGCUAUGCCAUCACCAGGCGCUUUGCCUGGCACCUGGUGUGGCUGUCUGUGAUCCAGCUGUGGCACUACCUCUUCAUCGGCACCCUCAACUCGCUGUUGACCAAGCUGGCCAGUGGGAACAGGACGCUGGUCAGCAGCUACACAAACGCGUUUGCCAUCACUCAGUUCUUUGGAGUGCUGUGCGCCCCCUGGAACGGCUUUCUCAUGGACCGACUUAAGCAGAAGUACCAGAAGGAAAUGAACAAGAAGGGUUGCUCAGCCUCGGCCGUGGCCCUCUGCUCCACGGUGCCCUCGCUGGCCCUGACGUCGCUGCUGUGCCUGGGCUUCGCGCUGUGCGCCUCGGUGCCGGUGCUCCCGCUGCAGUACCUCACGUUCGUGCUGCAGGUGGUCUGCCGCUCCUUCCUCUAUGGCGGCAACGCUGCCUUCCUCACCCUCGCCUUCCCCGCGGAGCACUUUGGGAAGCUCUUCGGUCUGGUGAUGGCCUUCUCUGCCUUGGUGUCUCUGUUCCAGUUUCCCAUAUUCACCCUCAUCAGAGGCCCCCUCCAGAAUGACCCGUUCUACGUCAAUUUGGUGCUGGUGCUUGCCACCCUCCUCACCUUCGCCCACCCUGUCCUCGUGUACCGGGAAUGCCGGCCGAAAGAGGACCCUGUGAGCGCAUCGCGGCCCCCCGGGUCCCCUGAGGAUGCUUUCACUAAUAGUCUCCCCACCUGUGACACCCCAUAGCACAAGGCAGCCGAAGUCUGCACACUCGGGCUACGCACGAAGUAGCCUGUCGUCUUUUCUUUAUAUACAUGUAUGACUUAUGUUAUUUCCAAUUGAGUUCUGAUCAGCAGUGAAGGGGCCUGAGCUCAGCUGACAGAGGCCAUGGAGACCUGAGGCUAGUCCUUUCUUUGCAGAGCAGAAGGCCAGUGGUCUUGGCUGACCCCUGGCCUGAGGGGAUGGGCGUGCUGGGGAGGGAGGGUGGCUGGCUCUGCACAGCUAAGGUAAUUUCCAGCUGCAGAGUUUGGAGUGGCCUCAGCAAUACCCCUGGUGUUGAUGGGGGGCCCUGUCUUCUGCCUGUCCCCCCAGCAGCUGCACAGCUUGGUUAGAGAAGGGCGGUGGGCGUGGGGAGUACACAGAGCAGUCAGGGUGGAGUGGGGGGUCCCUGGGCCGGGUCCCACCGCUGCGACCUCUCCCCUGUUGAGAGCAUCACUUUUCCCAUCUGUACAAUGAGAGGGGUAAGGAGCUGGUGGUUCUUCCUGGAGAGAAUGUUCCAGAAGGUUUUAACACUAGCUAGGGAUAGGCCACCCAAAGGGCCCUUGGAACCAGCUCACCUGCCUGACAGAAGGACCGCUGAUGAAGCCUCGGGAAGCUGCUUGCCCCUUCAUGAAGAAGGAAGGUUUUGAAUUUGGGGUAAUCACAGAAACAAUUUCUCUGGGGAAUCAUUUUAUAGAAAAAUAAAGUUU